UUUCACUAUAUCCAGCCCUCGAUAAGCCUCAGACCGGGUCGCGUCCCGAUGGCCUCCCCACAAAAGUACAAUAGCGCAGAGCUAACAUGUCGGGUUUCCCGACAUCUUCAAUACCAAGCUCAAUCCUAGCCACCACAUACGUCAGAGGCCGACCCAAGGACGACUUGACAGGGGCCCAUGCUGGCUCUGAGUAGUAUAGUAUAACCUUGCGUAUCCCACGAGACUCAUUUGGCCUAAGCGUGACUAUUAUCUAAACCUCAUUUAAGAUGUCGACUCUUUGCGUGUUGGGUUGUGGCAAUCUCGGAACUGCUAUCUUGGAGAGCUUGGUAAAGGCUACGAGUGGUCAAAACUCCUCCUUGCCGAUCAAGCGUUUCAUCGCAUGCGUUCGCAGUGAGCGUUCUCAGAAGCGUCUCCUAGAGAAAUUUCCUGAUUCCGAAAGCCGCCUGGAAAUUUCAAGAGGUGGCAAUGUCAAGGCGGUACAGCAGUCGGACUUCAUCCUUCUUGGAGUCGACCCGGCAGAUGUCGAGGAGGCGUUACAACAACCCGGCUUUAUCGAUGCACUCGCAGGCAAGCUGCUAAUCAGCAUCGUUGCCGGUUGGACGAGGGAGCAGAUUGAGACCGCUCUUGCGAAAAGUUCGAGUGACAACAAAUCUGAAAUCUGGGUAGUGCGCACUUUACCGAACAUUGCGGCUAUCGUCGCCCAAUCGAUCACGGCUAUCGAGAAGCCGGACCCGAAAUUACCUUCCCAGCACCUGGAGACUACUGAUGCCAUCUUCAAUUGUAUAGGCAAGACAGUGCACUUGGCACCUAGUCAAAUGGACGCCUUUACAGCCGUGGGAGGAUCGACGCCUGCAUUUUUCGCGGUCAUCGUCGACUCACUGAUAGAUGCGGCGGUCGCGGUGGGGGUACCGAGACAUGAGGCCAACGCCAUAAUAGUGCAGAGUAUGCUAGGUACAGCUGCUCUGUUACAAAGUGGUGUCCAUCCCAGCAUAUUGAGAGAUCAGGGUACAUCGCCUGAAGGCUGCACAAUUGGCGGGCUUAUGGUGCUCGAGGAGACUGGUGUUCGUGGUGGUCUCAGCCGGGGUCUGCGCGAAGCCGUCACGAUUGCACGGCUUAUGGGUAAGGAUCCCCAUGUAAAUGACACCAGGCACUGAGAUAGUACAAAUUCCAGAAUAUCAGCAAUGAUAUCAACAUACGAAC